AUGGGUAUCACAUUUGGUGAUUAUCACUUGGAGCAGCUUUAUCAGCAGUCACUUUUAGUACACACUCGUGCACAUUUGUUGCAUGUGCAGUGUCUAUGGAUAACAUACUUUUUAUUAAUGGCUUUAGCGCAUUUGCUGGAAUUUGAUUUUAUGUUAAUUAUUAGUGCGAUUAGUGCAACUUUAUGUUUAGUUCUGCAAGCCGCCUUGCUUAUUAAACCUAUGCUAAUACGAUAUGUGCUAUUUGGCACAGUGCAAGUACUUGCACUUAGUGCAAUAACUUUAUUACCUACAGGACAUUCAGCAUUGUUGCCUAUUGCCUUAGUCAUAUUUACUAUUUAUGCAUUAAUCCCAAUGAAACUUACUUCUGCUGCAAUUAUUUGCUGUGCAUUGUCUGUUUUGCAACUGGUUGCACUCAUUUUCCUUGCACAAAUACCAUUUACUGUAAGUCAGGUAAGAUUUUCUUCAUAUUAUCGAAUUAAGUAA